UAUAGAACCAGCUGUGAGGUUUAAUGCAAUUUCACAACCGUGCCAUCUGUAAGUAAAGAGUCUUGAGUUCUCUAUUUAACUUCUUGCAAAUCACAACAACAACAACAACAACAAAGAAUGGAGUCCUUUGUAGUUACUUUAGCUCUGGCAGUCUUGUUAGUAACACAAGGAAGCCUUUUUAGUGUCUGUUUGGCCUCCUCUGCUGCUUCAACCGACUCUGUUUCUAACUGGUUUCACUGGCCCUGGAAGCCGCCGCUAAUAUGGCACCCUAAAGUUCCAUCUUGGCCACCUCAACAACCCCCGAUCGAGACAAAUCCUCCGCCGAUCGAGACGCAUCCUCCACCGGAACCACCAACGACAUAUCCUCCACCGGUGCAGAAUCCACCGCCGAUCGAGACGCAUCCUCCACCGGAACCGCCAACGACAUAUCCUCCUCCACCGGUGCAGUAUCCACCGCCGAUCAAGACAUAUCCUCCGCCAACGGUACAGUACCCUUCACCUCCGAUCAAGAUGUAUCCUCCUCCGCCGUCACAUUAUCCUCCAUAAAUUAAAGAUUCAAACAAGAAAGUGUUCGUAUAAGUAUCUGUCUAGUUUUCAUAUCUCUUAUUAUGAUGGCCCUUCUUAAAUAAAGAAUAAAAGUGUUAUGUUUCUUGAAUAAUAUGAUUUCAUUGAAGACAAGAUCAAA